CGACAUCAGCAGCAUCCUCGUUCACAUUGGGCUUUCAUAAAUGUUCGUGCUUACAUUAGGACAUAGUGUUUGUGAUCCUUUGAUUAUCAAUCAUACAACAGUAUACCCAUAGGUAUCAUUCAAUUUCUGUUCGCACAGCGAGAGCUGUGAUUUGGUGGCGGCAUCUCUUUGGUCCGGGGCGCCGGUGAACGCCGCGGCGGGCUCGGGGCGACGCGACCAGCUGACGCGUCAGACGCUGGCCAACGGUGGUGGGGUGCGGAGCGAGUGGGCCGCCCGGUACGCUGCGGUGGCCGCGUGAGUGCAGUGUGAGUGAGCCUCCGACGGUCUCAGUCUCCCCUUCUUCGUGUUCGUCUCGUCCCGAGCCCGGCUGUCGGUUCGCUGCCGUUGUCUCGUAUCGUGUGACGUUUUUGCGUACGACGUGCACUGUUCGCGUUAGGGAAAAGGUGUCUUUGUGAUACGUGUUCUCAUCGGCCGUCAAACUGGAUUCACCGCCUUCCGGAUUAUUUAACCGGGCGAUGGUGAGCGAGGCGUGCCCACAGCCUCGCGGCUCGUCCGUGAUGGCUGUGUCCCGCGUCUCCAGCCCGCCGCCGACCUCCAACGAGAACUCUCAGCCCACCGCCGAGAACUGGUGUUACACACAGGUGAAAGUGGUCAAAUUCAGCUACAUGUGGGCCAUCAACAACUUCAGCUUCUGCAGAGAGGAGAUGGGCGAGGUGCUCAAAUCGUCCACCUUCUCGGCAGGAGCCAACGACAAACUCAAAUGGUGUUUGCGGGUAAAUCCGAAAGGACUAGACGAAGAAAGUAAAGAUUACCUCUCACUCUACCUUCUACUAGUAGCGUGCAACAAACAAGAAGUUAGGGCUAAAUUCAAGUUUUCAAUUCUCAAUGCCAAACGAGAAGAAACCAAAGCUAUGGAGAGCCAGCGAGCAUACCGGUUUGUACAAGGCAAGGACUGGGGCUUCAAAAAGUUCAUCCGACGAGACUUCCUCCUCGACGAGGCCAACGGUCUGCUUCCUGACGACAGGCUAACCCUGUACUGCGAGGUGAGCGUGGUGGCGGACAGUGUCAACGUGUGCGGCCAGUCGAACCAGGUGCAGUUCAAGGUGCCCGACUGUCGGCUCUCGGACGACCUGGGUCAGCUGUUCGAGAGCCAGCGGUUCAGCGACGUCACCCUCUCGGUGGGCGGCCGAGAGUUCCAGGCGCACAAGGCGCUCCUGGCGGCCCGGUCGCCCGUGUUCGCCGCCAUGUUCGAGCACGAGAUGGAGGAGCGAAAACACAACCGUGUCGACAUCACCGACGUCGACCAUGAGGUGCUGCGCGAGAUGCUGCGCUUCAUCUACACGGGAAAGACCAAUAACCUGGAGAAGAUGGCCGAUGACCUGCUGGCGGCAGCCGAUAAGUACGCCAUGGAGCGACUGAAGGUGAUGUGCGAGGCGGCCCUGUGCGCCAACCUCAGCAUCGAGAACUCACCAGAGGUGCUCAUCCUGGCUGACCUGCACUCGGCAGAGCAGCUCAAGGCGCAGGCCAUCGACUUCGUCAACAUCCACGCCACGGACGUGAUGGAGACGCCCGCCUGGAAGUCGAUGAUCACAUCUCACCCGCACCUGAUCGCCGAGGCGUUCCGGGCGCUGGCCACCCAGCAGGUGCCGCCCAUCAACACCACACGCAAACGGAUGAAGCCCUCCCCGUGAGGCGGUGUCUGGGAGCCAGCGAGGGGCGCCGGCUGCGCGCCACGCGCCGUCAAUGUUCAAUGUUCAAAGCGGCCUGCGUCGCUGCCGCCGCCGGCACCGGUCAGGGGUCGUCAGACAGUGUGAUAGCUGCCGCCGCGCCGGACUCGUUGUUACGCGGACUGUACCCAGACGGUCCUCGUGAUGGUCCGUGGAUUUCUGUGGUCCCAGUGGUCCUCAGAAUGGUCCCGGUGGUCCGAAAGGACCGUCGCGCGGUCCGGCCGGCCGGUCCUGCGCCCUACGAAUUCAGCGUACGUAUGUGUAGUCCGUUAUGACCUGAUUAGAGGUCCUUUCUGGUACCGCUGCUCGGCCCGCUUCGAGGUCUGCCAUGCGGUCCUCACAAAUCCCGCUGUGUGAUUCUCGAGUCUGCGAGAUUCGCCUGGUCGUUUUAGUCGUCUGUGGUUCUCCGCCGCGAUCCGCUGGUUGGUGGAUGAUUGGUCUCUGGGGACCUUUUGGUCCCGUUGUCCCGGCCACCGAGAGGGACAGGGCCCGGCCGCUGCCCACCGACCGAUCUCACGGGCGCGCGGCGGCUCCGUUGUUACUGCGCCGCGCCGGCACCUCGGAUGUGUACCUGUGUGUGUAUGUCUGUGUGUGUAUAUCUGUGUGCCAGGGAGUGGAAGAGAGCUCGCGCUGCAUUGUGUGUAUGUGUGUGUGUGAGGGGCCUCGUCACGGGUCCCGGGGAAGCGUCCCCCGCCGUCGCCGCCGCCGGCCGGUCGCCGCCCGGGGUGUUGGGUGCCCGUGUUUCUCGCGGAGCGCCGCCCCCGGUGCAGGAGACCGCUGCGCGUGGCGGCGGUUUAUUUGUUAACAUUCUGUGCGACUCCGCACGACGCCGUCUGUGUUCAAAAGCAAUCAUGUACAAGGUCAUUACGUGCACUGGUAAUAAUAAACCGAUCCUGCCGUA